AAGAUCUGAGAGCUGGCUGUAGUUUUGUCUGGAGGACAGAUAGCUAGCUGGCUGUAGUUAUGUCUGGAGGUGUAUGAGCUGACGGUAGCAGUGUCGGGGGGAUCAGGCUCUGUGUUCUUGCUCGGCUGGGAGGAGGGUUUGUGAUUGGACUGGUUACUGCAGCUCUGUCGCCUGUGGGUUUGCUGCUGAGUCUGUGACUGGAGCUCGCUGCUGGCUGACUGACUGACUGCACAGUGGCCGGAUACUCGUGUUCACUUUCUCAGCCAGGAGCAGAGGAGAGAACCUUUCACCGCAAGUUGGGACAUUAAAAAAAAAGGAGGGGGAAAAUCAAGCGACAGAGAGAGAGAGAAAACACGGAGGAAUACGAAGAGAAGCAGCGAGUGAACUCUGUGUUGAGCAGGAAGGUUUGUUGCGGCGAUGAGUUGAAGAGCCCGGAGGUGAAGGACCUUAACCAAGAGAGGAGGGAAUGUAUUAAAGCGAGAAACGGUUUGGUAUGUUUAAAGGCAGAUUAAUUAUCUCCACUAACUGACAUCAGAAAAGUAUCUUCACUGCUUAAGAGGAAGAUUUUGCCAAGCCACUCAUCAACAGAGGUUGAUUUUUCUUUCAAUGUUAUAGGGUGUCAAAAGAAGUUAAUCCAGGACAUGAGUUGAAGAUGUAGUUAUUUAAUACAUACUUGCUGCAUACCCUUGAUUCACUACUACAAGAUACAUGACAGUAAAAUGCGUUCAGUGACUGAUCAUACAGAAAAUAAAUUUGCAACCUUUACUUUUGGUAAAGACUUUCAAAAACUGCCUCGACUAUUUUAUGAAGGUGAGCAGCAGCCAAUGAAUUUACUUGCAACACUGGAGGUCAAAGGAGAGCGCAGGUUUGGAUGGAGUAGACAUAUCUUUGCUUGGAAAGCCAAACAUAGCACCCUGUUUUUGGGGGUAAUAAUAUUGUGCCUAGUUAUGGCAUCUUAUAUUUUAACUAGAGACCAACAGAAAUUAUUGCUGACUCCAUCCCCAUUCCAGUACAGUACAACCACAAAUAAUGAAGACUCUCCAGAAUUGGACUUUACAGAAAUUGAGGGUGAUGCUGAUGGGUUUUCCUUACCAUUUAGUUGGUUAGAAAGAAUCAACUAUGCAACACCAGCACUCAGCACUGAUUCCAAACUUCAGCUCAUGCCAAGGAGACUGCCAGAGCAGGAGGAUCUUGUAAAGCAAGAGGCACAUAUAUUCUCUGUCAUUCCAAGAAACUUUCUUCAAAGUGUGAAGAACCAUUGUUGGUAUACAAGAUAUACAGGGACUGCAUCCACGGACCCUUACAAGAAAAAUGCUUAUUUUAUACACACAAAACAUUUUCAGACUAUAUUUGAUUACUUGAAAAAGGUAAUUUGGAAACACUUGCAACACCAUGGUGAUGAGCACUACCGCCUCCGCUGUCUUCCUUAUUUCUAUAUUAUAGGUCAGCCAAAGUGUGGGACUACAGAUCUGUAUAACAGGCUUAGAUUGCAUCCAGAAGUGAGUUUUUCCAUAGUCAAAGAACCCCACUGGUGGACAAGGAAAAGGUUUGGUCACCUGAAAGUCCACAACUUCCAUAUGUUGAAGAACAUGAGGAAGUACAAUAGUCUUGAAGCACCAGUGCGUGGCUCUCCAGCAGGUAUUAUUCAACCCUGGAAUGGUUUCCAUGACCGAUACCAAAUUGAAGAUUAUCUGGAUCUGUUUGAUCUGGCAGCUCAUCAGAUUCAGAGUCAGAUAGCCAAUGCUUCUGCUGAACAACCAAUUAAAAGCAAUAUGGUCAUUGGUGAGGCAAGUGCUUCCACAAUGUGGGAUAAUAAUGCUUGGCAGAAUUUCUAUCAUCGCACUGCUGAUGGUGAACCACCAUAUUUAAUUCAGGACUUCCUUCAUGCAGUUCUGCCAUCUGCUAAACUUAUUGUUAUGCUGAGGGACCCUGUUGAGAGGCUGUAUUCUGAUUAUUUGUACUUCAUAAGCGCAAACAAAUCUGUCGAGGACUUUCAUGAAAAAGUAAAAGAUUCACUGCAAAUAUUCAAUGGAUGUUUGAUGCACUCUUCUCUUAGAUCCUGUGUAUAUAACUGCACCGUGAACUCUGCCAUGCCUGUGAGAUUGCAAAUUGGGUUAUAUGCAGUCUUUCUGUGGGACUGGUUUACAGUUUACAAUCCAAACCAAUUCCUCAUUCUCCGGCUGGAAGAACAUGCUGCUGAUUUGAAAAAGAGUAUGCACAGGGUCUUCGAUUUCUUGAACUUGGGAAGUUUGACUGAUCAACAGGAGGCAGCCAUCAUUAACAAUCCUGCGUCAAAUACCAGGCGGCCCAAAGACAAAAGCCUCGGACCUAUGUUGUCAAAAACCAGGAAGCUUCUCAAGGAUUUCUACGGGCCAUUCAAUGAAAAGCUGGCUUUGCUAAUUAAUGAUGAUUCUUUCUUAUGGGAAAAAUAGAGACCAAAUUCAUAAAACUGUAAAAUAUCAAAUGUUUUGUAUAAUGCUUUCUUCGCUAUUGUGGAAUGUUCAACAAAGCAUUAAUGUUCAAGUUCAAAGUUAUUUUUUUAAGUUUAUUUUUAAACUUUUAACUGAAGACUUGUUUAAAAUUCAUUAGAAGGCAUGUCUGAACUUUAAACAUAAUUAUAAAGAUGAACAUUAUCUGUAUGCCCUCAUGUAACUUUCCGUGGCUAUGUAGAUUCAUAAUACUUGUCACGGUGACUGUCAUAACAAAUCAAAAGUCCUGAGUUUAUGUAAACAACUUUUUUAAAAAUGUAAUUCCUCAUGUGGUUUUAAAUAUUUUGUAGGAUUUUCAAUUAUGCACAUGUAUUUGGUAAAAACAAAAUCUUUACAGAAUAUGUUUAAAUAUUGCUGUUAAACAUACUUAAGGGGUUUCAAUAAUAGUGCCUACUUUAGUCUUCCGGGAAUUCAAAUGCCAUAAUUAUGGUUUAGUAAUGGAUGUAAGAGCUACUAUUUUUAACUUAUUUUUAUUGCUUCCCUCUCUGUUGGUUUAUGUUGUGGAGUGAAAGAGGAAUGUUUCUAACAAUUGUGAUGAUUGAGUUCGAGAAAAUCCAUUAUCUUCAUUUCCUAUUUGUCAAGAAUAGUGACCGGCAUUUGUUCCUUGUUCUUCAAACCAUCAAGUUGCCUUAGUUUACUUGCUUCUCGACAAAACAAAGACUGAUGAAAGAUGAAUUCUUACAUCCAUGAAUUGAAUUGGACAAAACAGUGUUUUCAGGAUCCAUGUGCACAGCAAACCUACUUUUCUAUGUAACACUCAGUCACUGUUAUAAACAGAAGUUUGCACUGCAUAUUAUGCAAUGAA